UCACUCGUCGUCUCCGUGGUUUUCGCCAGCAGCGCUCGCGUGCGCCGUUACCAAGACAAUUACGGAUCACGAGGCUCAUCGUUCCGUCCCCGCGUCUCCAGUUACCGGAGUAUCGGGAAUGUCGAAUCCCAGGAAGGACUUUGACGUUAAACAGAUCUUGCGUAUCCGAUGGCGAUGGUUCGGCCACCCAACAUCUCCCCCUGGUAAUCAGCCUUCGGGAGAUCUGUUCAGCGGCAGCCGGGGGACGGGGGGAUCAUCAUCCGGCGGUGACCAGCCCUCCCUCGGCGGCUGUGGUAGCUCUAGUCCCGCCGCCGGUGCCAGCUCGAGUAACGGUAACUCUUCUUCCAACAUCAACAACAAUCGAAAGUUUGGGGACUCGGUUUCGAACAACGGGCUGUCCACUGUGCUGGUGCUGGGCGCCUCCGCGUGCCCUCGGUCCAUGAGCCAGCAGGAGUGCCGGAGCCCCUCGCCGGCGCCGUGGGUCUUUCCUGCUCACUCCCGCUCCAGCGAGAGCCUGGAGCCGCUUCAGCAGCAGCAGCAGCAGCAGCGGGAGCCGCCGUCCACGCAUGUACCAGAAGCUCCUGGCCCGGGAGACGAUGAAAACAAUAACCACAACGUGGACUCUGACUCCAGCUCCUGCAGGACAUCCAACAGCACUGUGACGUUGUCCUCAUGUGCGUCGAUGGAGCCGUGUGUAUCAGACGAACACUUCCAGGCACACAGUCAUGCCGAACACACCUUCAGACGCAUGGAGGCCUACCUGCGCACCAGGAAGCUGUGUGACGUCGUUCUUCUCGCUGGGGACCGCAGAAUACCAGCACACAGACUUGUUCUCUCAUCAGUGUCCGAUUACUUUGCGGCCAUGUUCACCAGUGAUGUCCGAGAGGCAAAACAAGAGGAGGUCAAAAUGGAGGGUGUGGACCCGGAUGCAUUAUGGGUCUUGGUACAGUAUGCAUACACAGGGCUUUUGGAGUUGAGAGAGGACACUAUAGAGAGUUUGCUGUCUGCGUCAUGUCUUCUGCAGCUGUCUGCAGUGGUUCAGGCCUGCUGCAGUUACCUAAUGAAACAGCUCCAUCCCUCCAACUGUCUGGGCAUUCGCUCCUUCGCAGACGCCCAGGGCUGUCUGGAUCUCCACAAGGUUGCACAUAACUACACUAUGGAGCACUUUAUAGAGGUCAUGAGACAUCAGGAGUUUCUCCUCCUGCCCGCGAGUGAGGUGGAAAAGUUGUUAGCCUCCGAUGACAUGAACGUUCCAGAUGAGGAAACCGUGGUAGCGGCACUGCUCAGCUGGGUCCAUCAUGACGCGCCCACCCGUCAAUCACAGCUGCCCGCUCUCCUCGCUUAUAUCCGCCUUCCCCUGCUUAAACCACAGUUUUUAGCAGAUAUGGAGGCGAACCCAUUGCUGAGGGACUGCGUGGAGUGUCAGCGGCUGGUAAUGGAGGCCAUGAAGUAUCAUUUGCUGCCAGAGAGACGGCCCCUCCUUCAGAGCCCAAGGACACGCCCACGCAAGGCCACCGUAGGGGCGCUAUUCGCUGUGGGUGGCAUGGAUGCCACGAAAGGAGCCACCAGUAUUGAGCAGUACUGUUUACGGAGGGACACGUGGUGGCAGGUUGCCGUCAUGAGCGGGAGGCGGCUACAAUUCGGCGUCGCGGUUCUGGACGACCGCUUGUAUGUGGUGGGGGGACGAGAUGGCCUGAAGACCCUCAACACGGUGGAGUGUUACAACCCCCGCAGCAAGAGCUGGAGCGUCAUGCCACCCAUGUCCACUCACAGACACGGUCUUGGCGUCGCAGUGUUAGAAGGCCCUAUGUACGCAGUGGGAGGUCAUGAUGGUUGGAGUUACCUGAGCACCGUAGAGCGAUGGGACCCUCAAGCUCGCCAGUGGAGUUUUGUUGCUUCCAUGGCAACGCCCCGGAGCACUGUGGGAGUUGCGGUUUUAAACAGCAAACUGUAUGCAGUAGGCGGCAGGGACGGAAGCUCAUGUCUGAAGUCAGUAGAGUGUUUCGAUCCCCACACCAAUAAAUGGAGCAGCUGUGCGCCCAUGUCCAAACGCAGAGGUGGUGUUGGAGUAGCAACAUGGAAUGGCUUCCUGUAUGCCAUCGGUGGCCAUGACGCCCCAGCUUCAAGUUUAGCAUCUCGACUGUCAGACUGCGUCGAAAGAUACGACCCAAAGACAGACACGUGGACAGCGGUAGCUCCCAUGAGCCUCAGCAGAGAUGCAGUGGGAGUGUGUCUUCUAGGAGACCGUCUGUAUGCUGUGGGUGGCUAUGACGGCCAGGUUUACCUAAACACCGUAGAGGCUUACGACCCACAAACCAAUGAGUGGACACAGGUGGCGCCGUUGUGUUUAGGUCGAGCGGGAGCUUGUGUGGUCGCCGUGAAGCUUUGAAAUGCCGUCAGUUAUCUCCAUGGCGACUGUCCUAGUGCAUAAACCUACAGUGGUCCUGAUGCAGUGAAUCUGGAUGGAUCUGAGCAUCUGCUGACAAGGAAAGAAUAAAAAACACACAGACUAUCAAACACAGCAGAAUCCUCAAAUGUUGGACGCCUGUUAUGCCUCUAGUAUGUAUUUGUCUAUUGCAAGCAGUGUACUUCUGCAAAAUAUUAUUUUCUUAAUCAGUAUGUCUCCUUUUCUACUAUAUCUAAACAUACUUAAAACAAGAUGCAUUUACUUACGAAGCUAAGUUGCGUAAUAUUAUUAGACUUGUUUUUAGAUCUCAUGCAUUACAUUUAUUUUUCUAUCCCAACAAAUAGCUUUUUCUUUUUAUAAACAUGAAUAUAGUGGUUUAUGCUUAAAACAAGAAAAACAUUUUGCCAAUGGGGAUAGCAAAACUCUUUUGCUUUGCAAGAAAAUGUAUCUUGUUUAAAAGAUGUUUAGAUUUUUUUGAGAAAAGACUCGAUGAUUAUUAUGAAACUUACGUUUUGCAGUGUUCAUUACUGUGCACAUCAAGAACUACACUUUUAACAUUAUUGAAUCAUAUUCAUCUGUUCAUCAUUUCUUCUCUCAUCCCUGCAUCUGUUCUCCUCCGUCCUCACAUAUUCCCGUGAUGAUGGAACUGUGAGUAUUUGUGAGAAUAAGAGUGUGCCCUCAGGGGACACAGCGGAAAUGCUCAAACAAAUAAUGUGGAGUCAAUUUAUACUCUUAACUGGAAAACGCAGAGCCAAGUGUUCUCUAAAAAUCAUCUGUCAUCCAAGAACAGCCUGAGUGCAGUUAAGAGUCUCAACAGAAGGAGGGUGAUGAGGAGAGAGAACCAGAAAAAAGUGUGUGUGUUUGUGUCUGUAUGUCCUUCCAUUUGAAUACCAAGCCUACAUUCCUCAUAGGAAGUUUCUUAAUUCAUAUUCAUUUUAUAUUUAUAGACUUUAAUUUUAUAGACUGACAAAUUCAACGAGACGAGAUAAAAGAGGAACAUCUGAUUAUGAGAAAGUUCUGCGGUGGUAUUGUGGUUCAGUUACAGUAUGAAAUUGUACUUUCAUGGUACUUUGAUACAUCUCAGUGUUGCCAGGUCUCAUUAAAUGUAGCAUUUUUGUGUUGUUUUUUCCCAUUUUUCUUACAUACUUAAGGAAGUAAAUAAAGCAGGAAGUUGCAGGUAAUAUUGCAAGUAACAUAUUUGUAUUUAUUUUAAAACAAAACUGGAAUUAUUUGUCAAUUUUGGGCUUUUUUCGUUUUAAGAUCUGGCAACGCUGCAUGCACUCUGCAUUGUAAAAGAAUUCAUAAACCAUGGUAUUUGUAUGGCUCCAAGGUACUUCUUGGAAUACUUUAGUAUGAUACUUGUCCAAAAUACCAUGGUACUUUUCAGUUCUUAUUUUUAAGUAAUGAAAAGGAAACAGAAGAAAGACGAGAGAUUGAUGCAUGCUGACAAUAAAAUCCACUUCCACAUUAUCAGUCCAUUGCAAGCGUGCAUGGCAUGUCUUCGGUUUAUAUUUAAUUGAUUUGCCUGAAGACAGUCGUCCUGUUGCACGUCAGCAAUAUCACAUGUGAAUAUGAUAAUUAUACCUACAAGCGAGGAACACAAGCUUCUUUACACUGCGUGAGUAUUCCCCAACACGCUUUAAGCUCAAAGACGAUCAUAAUGAGGUCUAAUGCAUAUUCAGAUUCUCUGAAUCAUUGUUUCUAUUUUUUGAUCUUUGAAAAAUGAAGCGGAGGAAGUAAACCGCACAAACUGAGAUGCUGUUUCUAUACCAGUUCCUCUCUUCUGUGUCAAGGGAUUCCUCCAUACAGUAUUUGGCAAAAGAGCAUUGUAAAUAAUGGUUAUUGUGGGAGGUUUCUUAAUGGCUCAUUCAAUGUUAUAUUCAUAUUAUUUCUAUUUUUGAACUGUGAUUCAUCUCUGAAAAAGCAGGAUUCUGGGUCCGUGUCCGUUUGAUGGAAAUAAAAUCUGCCAGGGAACAGAAAAAGUCAACAAAGGCCAGAUUACUAUGGUUUAGAUGCAUCUCCCUUUCAGCGAGCAACAAAUCUGUAUGGAAAAAUACACAGUUCUUAAACAGCAAGUCUCAAUAGAAUGAGACAAGAACAUUAUGGGUCUGUGGUAAAAAUUUGUCCACUCUUGAAUAUUAUUUUACAAAAUUAUUACCUGCAGGUUAUUCUUUUAAAAGUUAGUAUUUCUUAAACCAUUAACAAAAAGUUUCUUGUUUUAAGCAUGAAUCUUAACAAAUUGUUGUAAGCUAAGAAAAAUUAGACCCACAUGGCCUGAUAUAGCUAUUCUUGUUAAACUGUAUAGUGCUUUUAUGUUAUAUUGUUGAAUAAAAUGUUUUUGUGUGCAGGUGAAAAAUCAAAGAAUUUAGAAGCAGAACUGAGUUUCAAACAAACCCAUUUCAUGGCUUCGGUGCACACAUUCAUAUUGCAAGGCUGAUACAUCUCUUCUCUCCAUUCAGUGUGUCAAAUUGUUCCUCUUUCUCUCCUUAUUCUUUUCACUUAUGUGUGUAUGUGUCUGUAUUUGUAAGAGAGAGAUGGGCGAGCAUCAUGUUGUUGAUGUGUGUGUGUGUGUGUGUGUGUGUGUCACAUUCAUACCUCAUGCUGAGUAAAAGUGCAGCAUGAAAUGUUACAUUGAACACAGAUUUGGUAUUUGAUCUGUAUAUUCACUCCUUUUUUAACUCCCAUGAUGCAUUUCGGUGCAUUACAUGGAACAAAGAGAACAGUGCAGAUGAGUGAAUAAAGAGAAUGAAUGAAAUGAUGGCAAACAAUGGAGAUCAUGACAGGAGAGGGAGACAUAUCCCGUUUACAAUAAAUGACUCUACAGGAUUUUCAUUCAGUAUAUGGGUAGUGGACAAAUAAAGUGUAAAUGUGUCCUAUGGUGUGACAGCAAAAUGUUAACUAACAAUGAAGAUAAAUCUCUAUGCUAUUUUAUGUUUAUAUAAAUAUAAUUAUUCAUUUUUGCUAUGUUAUACCAUAGGACACAUGUACAGUAUAUUUGUCAACUACCCUUUUACUGAAUAAGCGGAGCUGUAACACCAUAUUUUUCUGAAUUCAACUUCAUACUUUUGUCUUAGUGUCAUUUCAUGCUGUUAUGCCUGAUUCUAUUUUUGCUUCAAGCUUGUGUAGUUACGUUAUGAUAUUUUAUGCAAUGUGAGAUACGUUUACAUGAAAGAUUUGUGUACGACAUUUCAAUCCUUCCAAAGGAAGGAUUCUACUGGUUUGGUUUGUUGGGUGACCAAACAUUGCUAGGUAAAUGAUAACCAGUAUAUCCAGGUUACACCUGUAAAUGUCAGAUUCUGUUACUUUUAUAUUGAUUAUAGUGUCUUGGUUCUUUUUGUUAGCUUUACAUACGGUUUUAAAAUGGUUUACAGGUCAUUUCGUAUUAGUAAAUAUCAUAUUUACCCUGUGCAUGUACUUGGUCAGGUGUAAUACUUUAAUUUUUUUAAAGGGGUUGAAAUCCAAAGAAGGCCAAACCUUUAUUGGUACUAGGUUCGGCACAUUACGCUAAUCAUAAAUACAUAGCCCAUACAUUGCUAUACACAGUAUAUGCAAUCUGUGUAUAGUGUACUGUACACCACACACUUAUUGUUACAAUGUCAAAUUGAACCUAAAGUGUAAAACAUUUGUAAAAAUCGACUGUGCAGGAUUAGGAGGCUUGCUUUCAAUUAUAUAUACCUUUGGGGAUACACAUAUGAUUAGAAUAUUAGAAUAUUCAUGAGGCUGUGUUAUAUCUGAAUGUUACAAGUGUGACAUCUUGAGUAUUCAUACAAUACGCUACGUUUUUUUAUGUCAUCUUUUGUAAAUACAGAGAGCUCAGUUUAAGGAAUGAAGGUAUUUCACUUUAAUGUUAUGCAUAUUGUUGCAUAUUGUUAUGUAUAUGUUGUACUAUCUUUAUAGAUGCAUCCCUCACUUGUGCACAUAGCCGCCUGAAUUAUGAAACAAAAAAUAUUUUUUGUGUAAUAUAAAUCGCUGUGGAUGAAAUUGUUUUUCUUAUACAUUCCAGUUGUUUGAUUUAUGAUUAUUUUUGUUUAAUAAACUGUAAAAACAU